CCAUCUUGAACCCUUAUCAACAAGCACACAGUGUACAGUUAAAAGUGUUUGUAUGGAAUUAGGUCACAGUGUUCGCUCCUUAAUUCUGGCACUUUAAACCCUUCAUACAGCAGUGGAGCGGCGUGGAGCAGCGUCGGUGUGGUGGGUGUGAGUCAGAGAAGUCGUGUGGGAGGAGUUAAAGUAAGAUGGCUGCGGGAAAGGGAAUACUGUUUGAGAAAUCGUCAAAUGGGAUGUUUAUCUGUCGCUAACAGGAUGCACAUCAGCCCGAAUGAAGGAGUGGUUAAUUUGUUAGCUUCCCAGGCUCAGUGUGGUCUAGCUCGCCGGUUGUCUCCAGGUUACUUGCACGCUGAUCAUCCGUUUACUGCUCUGACAUUGUGGAAUUCAUUAGCAGCUAGUCGUUAGCAACCCACCAGCGCUAAGUUACUAGCAACCAGCUAACCAGGUAUCUGUGGAAAUCAGCGCCUCGCAACCACUGUUAAGACUCCUACAAAUAUCCAAGUGCAGAGUGCCCGUCCUGACUGGCUAUGGAGUGGUGUUGGCUUCAGACUGGAUGACAGGGUCUACAGGGAGGAAAGGGUCACACAGAUUCUGAAGCAGCGGCAGGCUUUGCCUAGACGUACACUGACUGGCAGUGACAGCGCGUUUGCAGCUGACCUCCUUCCCCUCCGUCUCUCUUGUUAGAUACACUUUCUCUCCCCUUUAUCCCCCUCUCCUCCUCCCCCUUUCCUUUUCUUCCCUCUUAAUUUCUUUUUGCCCUCCGUUGCUUCUAUUUUUACUGGAACUCCUCUCGUCUUUGAGUUCUUGUGACCUGCCUCUCACUGGGUCCAGUAUGAGCUGGCUGAGCAGGUUGAACCCACGGGGUCCCGGGAGUCGGUCCGGCCGGAGUGCCGCCCCCUCCAGCCCCUGCACUGCUGACCCGGAGACCUGCCUCAUGGUGUUUGAGAACCACUGGAGACAGGUCUCUUGGGUGUUGGAGCAGCACGAGCCUUCGUCCUCCAGCGAUGACCUGACGGCAGUGAGGAAUCACACCGACCAGAUGUUGUGUCUGCUGGCGGAGGAGCGGCCUGCUGAGAGCUCAGAGGGCGGUGCCGGCGUGGCACUUAUGGGCCCCAUACUGGAGCUGGUGGUCACCGAGAAUAUUCUAGAGUGUCUGGUUCAGUGGCACCUCCGCCGCGGCCUGGACCCAGACAGCCAGGGGGCGCUGCUCAAGUUGUUUGAGAUGCUCAUCGGCCAGUCCCAGCAGCCUCUUCUGCAGCACACAGCCGUCCUCCACCCCCUAUUGAGGCUACUGGGAGCUUGCGCUGACCCAGAACUUGGUUGUCCUUCAGCCCUGGAGAACAGUCUGGUACUGCUGCUCAACCAGGUCUGUGUGUCCAUGGCCCGGCAGCCUGUGGUUCUAGAGAUGUUGUUCCAGGCGGCACCGGCCCAGCAGGGCUCCACCAAUCUGCUGAUCUUCUCCCUCCUUGUGCCAUUCAUACACCGGGACGGAGCCAUCGGACAGCAGGCGCGAGACGCGCUGCUGCUGGUCAUGGCGGCCUCGGCCAGCCACGAGGCUGUGGCACGUUACAUCGCUGAGAAAUCCUACUUCUGCCCAGUGUUGGCGACGGGCCUCAGCGCUCUCUACUCGUCUCUGCCCAGGAAGAUUGAAGUUCGAGGAGACGACUGGCAUGCCCUGCGGCGGGAGGACUGGAUGGGCGUGUCAUCACUCGUGCUGUUCAUGAACUCGCUGGAGUUCUGUAAUGCUGUGGUGCAGGUCGCUCAUCCCCUGGUCCGCUGCCAGCUCCUGGACUACCUCCACAACGGUUUCCUCGUACCUGUCAUGGGCCCCGCGUUGCAUAAGUCGUCAGUGGAUGAGAUGAUCGCCAGUACCGCCUACCUGGACCUUUUCCUGCGUAGCGUGUCAGAGACUUCUCUCCUCAAAACCUUCCUGCGCUUCAUCCUGCUGCAUCGCCACGACAAUGACACCAUCCUGGACACCCUGCUCACACGCAUCAGCAGCAAUUCAAGGCUCUGCAUGGUGUCGUUGAGCCUCUUCAGGACUCUUCUCUCUCUGAACUGCGAGGACAUCAUGCUGCAGCUUGUUCUCAGGUAUCUACUACCCUGUACCCAUGUAAUGCUGAGUCAGCGUCGUGCCAUCAGGGAGGCUGAUGUUUACGGAAAGUCGGCGGACAAGUUCCUGUCGCUGAUCCCAGAGUGUUGCCGGCUGAAUGCAACACCCUCCGGUGAGCGGGACGAUGACAGUGCAUUCUGGGGCAAAGUACUGAACAGUCCCAGCACAGAGGCUCCAGCCCCACCCAGACCCAGCACCCCGUCCCGCUUAGCCUUCUUCAUCCGCCAACAGAGCAGUGGUGGUGGAUCAGGAGGAGGGGCUCCCUCUACCCCCACCAGCAUGGAGCCAUUGCAGCCUUCCAGCUCCCGCUCCCUAUCCCCUGACAGCCCGAUGCAUCAUCAGCAGACUCUUACAGAGAGUCUGGACUGGGAUUCGGGUUACCUGGAGUACCUCAAGGACGCCCGGCGAGGCAUCGAGCUUUGCUCCUGGGCCUGCCGUGACUGGUCGGCGCCCUACGAUGGAGAAAACCCCUCCCCAAACACAGCCCCUCCACCCCCACCUCCCCCUACCUCCAACCCCUCCAUGGCUAUGUUCCCUGAGCACUUCUCUUUCCAGCUGGGAGGAAGCAGUAACACCCCUCCAGGCCAGCAGAGGGCAGCCAUUGUUGCUGCAGCACGGUCCGAGUGGAGCAGCUCAGAGCGGGACAGCGGAGAGUGGGACGUUACAAUCGGCAAAAACAACUGCAUCAGCCUCACACCACGCUCCAAGAAACGCAGCCUGCAGAGAGAGGAGCUGCUGCCAAAGCCUGUACCUCGUCUCAUUCCCUCCUCUUCGUCUUCAGACACCCCUUUAUCGACGUCCCACCCCGCCUCAUCCCCAGCUCCUCACAUUCCGGCUUCUCCCAUCACUGUUAGCUACGAGGCCAUGUAUAACGGAACGAUGGGGCAACAGGACAGCUGCUCAGACAAUCGGGACAGAGGAAUGGAGGUAAAGAAAGUGAAGAGAGACCUGGGGGAGCAGCAGUAUUUGGAUGAAAAUGCAAAUCAAAAUGGAUCCCUUGUCACCUGCCCCUCCGAAAGCUGCACCACUCUCCCACAGUCCAUUUUUAGCAACAGUGAAAUAAGUGAUGCAAAAUCUCUUAGCCCUAACCAGAUUCCCUCUCAGAGCUCCAUCACCCAGCCAACGUGUGACACCAAACUCUUGAACAGCGACACCUCAAACCCACACAGUGCAUCCUCAGAUCUUCCAGAAGGCAACCAGAUGCAGCAAUCUGUAGAGAGUCUAAUCCAGGAGCUGCUCGAGCAGGUACCAGGAGAACCACAGCUCCCUGGAGACUCCAACGGCCAGGGCAUCAGCAUCGAGGCUUUCACACAGGAGCUGAGGGAGCUGGAGGACCGGGUGAAGGAGCGUAACAGAGGAGCGUUCCAGCCGGAGGAAACAGCCGGAGAGUCCUUGUUUGCUGAGCGACAGGAAGAGGAACAACAGCUGUCCUCGACCCUGGAGGUGAAGCCGACAGGUGACGCAAAGGGAGAAGGGUCUGUGGUGGGCUUCUUUAGUCCUCCUAGACCACUAAAUCAGCCUUCCUCUCAGCCGUACACAGGUCCAUUUAUGGUGGUUCUGUUUGCCAAGCUGGAGAACAUGCUCCAAAACUCAUUGUACGUCAACAUCCUGCUCACGGGCAUCGUGGCCCAGCUGGCCUGCUAUCCUCAGCCCCUCCUACGCUCCUUCCUGCUCAACACCAACAUGGUCUUCCAGCCCAGCAUCAAGUCACUGAUCCAGGUUCUAGGUUCUGUGAAGAACCGCAUUGAGGCGUUCGCAGCCUCCCACGAUGACUUCCCUGCCAUGCUGAGGAAAGCUCAGCAGUACCUGGUGGCCCGAGGCAAAGUGGACUGGACUGAUACGCCUGGAGCAGUUCCUCCCCUGCGGCGCUCUGAUUCACUAGUGAAGAGUCGUAAACCAUCUCUCGGAGACCUGAUCCUUCGUCACACCAACAGCCCGACCCGGGCUCGACACGCCGCUCAGCUGGCCCUCGCACACGUACGGGACGGCGGCCAAUCACUGCACAGCGCUCUGUUCAAGGGCGGCGGAGGCGGAGGGGCCUCUGGCCUGGAGAAGCAGGCCGAGGCGCUCCGAGUGAAGAACGCCGUCUACUGUGCCGUUAUCUUCUGCGAGUUCCUCAAGGAGCUGGCUGCCCUGGCUCAAGAGCACGCCGUCACUCUGCCUUUUCCCCACAGCCAGGAGGCAGAAGAAUAGACAACUCCUCCAAUCUAGCUCUUAUCCUCCAUUUCUUUUUUAAAAAAAGUUAUAUAGGAUUCUCCUAUCACCAGAGGACAGACUGGGUCACUGAGGUGGGUCGUUUGCAAUGACACAGACAAAAAGCAAGAUGGAAAUAGUGUCAUUUUUGUACCAAAAUCAUUAUAGGAUAACUAUAGGACUGGAAGAAUUUUCCUCAUCUGUAAACUUAUAUGAUAUUGUGCAUAUCAUGUGUUAUAUUUACAUUCUAUACACAGAAUAUCUCGGUAAAUGCUUGAGAUUUGGGAGGUUGUACAUACACAUACCACGUGGUAUAAUGUGACACAGUAAAGCCACAGAUAAAAGAAAUAGGUGCACAUAUUGGUGCUAGUCAAUACUCUUUAUCUUUUAAGUUGGAAGGGUGCUUUCAGGCAGCACAGAGGAAAAGACUGUUUUGUCCUCAACAAAAUUAUGACACCAACACCAAAAAUUGUUUGGCAGGAAAACACUGAAAGUUUAGACUUGUCAAUCAACUAUAAGGUGAUCCAGUCAGCUUUGGCCCUCUCUGUACGACAAGCUAGUCUUUGCUUUUGUCACAGAGCUUUUCAUCCUAUAUCAAGGACUGGCCAAUAGAGAAAGUUCACAGAAACACAGCAGGGGUUCCUAGUAACAUCUCAAGUGUCCAUUUUAUUUUUAAAAGGCUGCACUGCUGCAAAGACUAGUCAUGAAUGAACGAGCUGAUAACUGGAACACGCAGGUGAAGGAGAGGGUCACUUUCUCUCCUGUGAAUCAGCACGACCACCACAAAUGUACUGGAAAACUUUGGGUAAUUAAUGCCAUUUUAAAAAAAUAUUUAGUUUUAAAACGUGUUUGUCUUUUGCAUUUGCACCAUUUUCGAGACAUAUCAGCAACACGCGGGAACAGGUGUCUGCCGUCGUGUGUGCGAGUUUAUUUUAACAAAUGGCUCCUUUCCAAAAGGUGAUGCCAACUCUUCAGGCCAUCGGUAAGCCAUUCACCUGUUGCCAUAAAGGAGAGGCUGUGGGAUUGAAACGGCAGCACUGCUUUACGAUUCGUACCUUUUGUGUGUCAUUUAGUUUUUUUAAAAGACCUGAGAGUCUGCAAGGAAAAGGCGAGAAGGGACGUUUUUUUGUCUAGGGAGAAUUUGCAUGAUUUCCAUUUACUUUGAACUGACAGUUGAAAUAGGUCCUCAUGAGGCAUUCACUGACCCUUCUUUAACAGAUCUUUAUUGAUCUUUAUUUGUGAGCUGAAGCUGAGGCUUGGAUGAAGCAAUCUACAUUUCAGUUUUUCCAUUUCAGCUUUGAGAUGUUGUCUCUUUGGUGAGACAGACCAAACUGAACAUACAACUGUUCAACUUGGAACUUAACAUGCUGCUAUUUUUUUUUAAGUAACACCCAUUUUUUACUAGUGUAAUAGCUACUUUCUCUUCAUUUCAUUGUUAGGUACCAAGUAUAAAAUGUGUAUUUGGGGAUGUGGAGGAAUCUUUGCCAGCGUUGUGAUCGGUUUAAUUUAUUUUGUUGUGUCUGAGGUUAAAUGAAGUAGCAGCCACACAGUGUUAAAAGCUUUUGCCAAGACAAAAUUCUCUUUCAACCUUUCCCCUCAACAUUAAGCAACCUUUUGAGGGGUUUAAAGUAAUUAUUGGCAGUUUGUUAGAAGAUGGUAAUUCUUCAUUUUACAGGUCUCUAAUUUCUUAAUAAUUUCCUUGUUCUUCUGUGAAAAUGAUUAGGAAAUGAAGAACCUGGAAAAUUAAGCUUUACAUGUAUGACUGCAAUGCAAAACUCAUCUUUCGCACAGCUUUUUUGUGAAAUGAUUUGGUUGUCUGCACACACUAGCCAUUAUCUCAACUUUUAGCAGUAGAGAAACUGCUAAAUGUGCCUGCCAUCCUGCAAAGUCUUCAAUCUUAGAAAUUGAAUACUGCAUAAUUUUUUGACAACUGUUCCGUCUUUCUCAAAGUUGAAGCCUUCUCAAUUUGUCAAAGCCAUAUCCAUGGUCGUCAUGUUUGUAAAUGUAGUACUUCAUCACUGCUGUAACUCACUUUUGUAUGGAAUUUCUAGACACAUUUGGUAAAACCCCAGUUUGUUUUUUAAGUACCAUUAGUUAAGAGUUUUUGCAUGCCAGAUAAGGCCGGGUGUAUAGUUAAGUAAUACUUAAGUAGUAUAGAGUAAGUUUUCUUUGGUUUGUGCAAUAGUGCUGAGCUCAAUUUAGGUUCCAUGCUGUAGGUUUUAGUGGUUAGUGAGUCAUCCUGGUGCCUGCAGAGAUCAGAGACGGCAUUUCACACUGAAUGUUUGCUCUCGCCUAAUCAAAUUGGUAGAGAAAUCACUUCUGUAUUUUACCCACUGCCAUCCGUCCGUCCAUCUGUUCACCUAGUCUGCUGUACAUCCGCGUGCUUAGAACAAGAUUAAUGUUUCCCUUGCACAGAAAGAAAAGGCCAGGUUGCUUUAGUUUUCCACUCAAGAUUGUGUUUUUUAACUAAACUAUUUUUACAAACUGUUUCUGUUAAAGAUAGGUCGAACACUAAAUACUCAGCUAAAUACUCAGCUAAAUACUCAGCUAAAUACUCAGCUAAAUACUCAGCUAAAUACUCAGCUUCUCAGUUCCAUCACUAACUCAGUCAGUUAGUCACAUUGUAACCAAGCAGUUUCAGUCAAGUUAUCUGUAUUUCUGUGACACAUUUGUGGACACCAAAGACAAUCUCUCUGACAGUACCUGAAACUCCAAGUGUCUCUGUUUGAACAGUGGACAGUUUCAUGGUACAUAAUCCGAACACUAAUAAACCAUGUUCAUGUUGCACUUUUUAAAUGCUAAAAGUGCUUUCAAAUAACCCCAAUGCCUAAUGUAAUACACCUAUAGUAAAAGUUACAUGGCCAAAUACAAGGAAAAUGUUAAGGACAUAUGAUUUGUACUCACUGAUGAUAGAAGUGAUGGCCAAACCUAUGAAAUAAAACCUAAGCUGUAAUUGUCCUUAAAAAGAUGACUGUUGCCAGCUGAAGGUUAUUGAUAAAAGGGAGCUGCUCUGUAACCCUGAGCUGCAAAACGUAAGUUGUUUUCAUCGGUCCUCCGUGACUUUUUCAGAUUUGGGAUUUUAGCCCAUGCACAUCAUGUCUACGCUUCCUGCAGUCAUUUUUCACUCCUUACUGUUUGUAUUUUUAUUUAAAUAUACUGCAUAUUUAAUUGUUUCAUUUUUAAGAAUACAAAAGACAUACAUUUGACAGAGAUUGUAUUUGAGCGAUUUUAUAAGGGUUUAUUUCCUACUCUGGACUUUGACUUCUUCCUUGGGUUGUCAUGACAGACCAUGAGCUGAGCUUAAUUUAGUGCAGCGCUGAUAUGGAAAAACACAACUCACACACAGUGAAAUAAAACAUCUGUAAUCAAGGGUGUACCGGUUACUGUGAUGGAUUUCCUAGCUCUAUGGAAGUUGUUUUUCAUACUCCACAAGAAUGAACGGCAGCAAAUUGCUUCCUGGAAAAGUGAGCCCUCCCAACUGUUCAGACACCAGUAGGGAUUGUGGAAAGGAGGACAGCCUGUUUUAAAAUACAGAAACACCGAUACUGAUUUAAAAUUUUUGAAUUUACUGUUGGGAAAGGGAUUUUGGCUUUUGACUAUGCAGCAACUACCACGGCUGGAUGCUGAAGCCAAUGCACAAUUGUCUUUAACUGCAGUUCCUGUAAUGGCCACCAGAAACUGUCACCCAAAAAAAUCUUCCUGUGAUAAAGUGACCGAGAAAAACAAAUGAAUGAACUCUCUAAAAAAAAUAGUUAAUGUAUGGAUGUACUUACCAGAACGAGUUAGGGGCUCAAAAUGUAUCCAGUCUUGUUUGUGAAUUUGGUGGAUUGAUAAGCUGGCAUCUCAGCCGUGGUGGUUUCUGUUUCCGACUCUGUUAACUGACAAAGAUGAUGGUGAGUGGUAAACCCAAAGCUAAGCAUCACAAAAUGUUGUGUAAUGUCACAGGUAUUGUUUUUUUAUUUUCUUCUGCUGUCUGUGUUUCAGACAGAUGUACUUGAACACUACAAUUGAUCUGUCACUGAGUUAAAAACAUUAAUAUUUCUGAAUGUUUUAGUUGUGGCUAAAUUCAGAGCAUGUUAUGUUUUGCGUUUCUGCAUUUUGUAUAUUCAUGGUGUUACAAUGGAAACACUCUGCAAACAGCAAGCCAAAGUGUUCAACUGUCGCUGACUUUCAUUUGAAAUGGAAUUGUUUUGUUUCAGGAUGGGUUAUGAUUGGCUGUUCAAUCACCACAACACAUAAGUGGGUGAAAAACCCUCAUACUCACAUUGCAAUCAGCAAUGCAACUCACAUCAGCUGAGCUUUGCAUAGCAAAGCUGUGUGGCGGAUGACACUUCCACUUGCACAUAUGGUUUGACAGUUUAUUCUGCAAGUGACUUCAACUGAAACAGUUUGGGCUAUAUAGCUUUGUUUUCACAUCAGAUUUUUUUUAACACAUCAUGUACACUCUGUGCCAUGUUUUAAAUAGAUUUUCCAUGUGUUGAUUUGUAAUGUGUAUCACGGGAUGUACAGCAUCUUCUCACUUUACCUUUUUCUUUGAAAAGCUUUGACUUUUUACCCCUGACUUAUUCCUCCCCUGUGAUCUAUGCAAAUCAUGCUCUGGUGUCCCCUGUUUGAAGCUGAAAGAUGACGUGGACAGAUUUAAUAUGUAAAUAAUGUAAAAAAAAAAAAAAAAAAAAAAAAAAGUGAUGGGUGGAAAAUGCAGAGGUAUGUGAAAUAACCAACAGGACAGAAUGAAAAUCAUGCUAAGAAUGAUGAAUGUUGUCAGAAAUAUUUUUCUAUAUUUUGAAAUCAUUAGGGGGAAAAAAGGACAAAAUACACAGUGGGGAAAAGCUGUGAGAAGAACACUACAAAGGGAAUGUUUUUAUUAAUUUAUAAAUUCUUUGCCUAGCAAUA